AGAGGCAGAAAACAAGAAAAAAAUAUUCUGAACCAAUGGACUGCAGACAUAGUACAGGAGAUGACCAGAGACUGCAGACAUAGUUCAGGAGAUGACCAGAGACUGCAGACAUAGUACAAGAGAUGACCAGAGACUACGGACACAGUACAGAAGAUGACCAGAGACUGUGGACACAGUACAGGAGAUGACCAGAGAUUGCGGACACAGUACAGGAGAUGACCAGAGACUGCGGACACAGUACAGGAGAUGACCAGAUACUGCGGACACAGUACAGGAGAUGACCAGAGACUGCGGACAGUACAGGAGAUGACCAGAGACUGCGGACAGUACAGGGGUCGACCAGAGACUGCGGACAGUAGUACAGGGGAUGACCAGAGACUGCGGACAGUACAGGGGAUGACCAGAGACAGCGGACAGUACAGG